AUGGCUGCCGUUGAAUCCGACGAGUAUAACCUGCAAGAUGCCUGGGACCGAGUGUGUACGUCUUUUGCGCAGACGACGAAAGUCGAUCUGACUGCAACUCCCAAAUUUUCCGUCGAGGAGGUUCUGGAUCAAAUCAGAGGAAAACAAGAAGACGAUGACGAGCGAAACAACAAGUACAAAACGGCAAAGGAUGUGAUCGGCAAGACAUUGAAAUUCGUGAUGCUUCUGGGCGGCAUUGCCGCCCAGGGCGCGAGUAUGGUCUUUGCUCCCAGUAGCCUGUGCUUUAAUGCCAUUUCAUACCUCGUCAACACAGGCGCCAAAUACAAGCGCAUCUUCAGCAGCCUGACUGAGCUUUUCCGACGGAUCUCCGACGUGCUAGAGCGCUGCAAAAUCUACAUGCGUCUACCCGCAAAUGCUGUUGAUGUUGCCCUUCGCAAGAUCAUUAACGAGGAGCUUGUUUGUUUUGUGGACAUCUGUGCACUAUCGAUCAAGGUGCUCAAGGGCCAUAAGGUCUUUACUGCACUCAAGGUCUUCGCUUUUGACGGCGACGAAGGUGUCAGUGGCCAAUUGACACGUCUGGCCUCGCUGGUCGAGCGCGAGUCUCAAAUGCGAGCCACCCUUGGGUUCGAGUCGCAAAAGACCACUGAAAGAGGUGUCAUUGAAACCAGAGAGGGUACUCGAAAGAUCAACACUACGGUGGACAAGCUUCUUACUUUUGAAAAGAAGAGAGACGCAGACACCGUGACAAAACGUCUACUGGAUAGUAUCGAUUCCAGCCUUGACAACCCAAGUGAGGCUUUCAAGGCCACCCAAAUCAACUACAAACGUCUGUUGAAUGACCAAGUCCAGGGGAGCGGGGAUUGGCUUCAAAGCGAUCCAUUAUUCACGAAAUGGGUAUCCCCUGAAGACUCUUCACUGUCGGUUCUGGGUAUUUCUGGAGGUGAAGGAUACGGAAAAUCUUUCCUCUUUGCGACCAUCAUACAAAGGCUGCUAGAGGCGCACUCCCACCCUGCGGAUGAUAUGACCUGCACAUCGGUUGCCUACUAUAUCUUUCACGAUGAGAAAAAUAACUCUUCACUGGUUCAAGCUCUCAAAACUCUUGCUUGGCAAGUUUCGAGCAGGGACGUCGUAUAUCGCAAAGAUUUGGCCUCCGCGAAAACAGAAGGUAUCAGCCAGAUCAGAGACCUUUGGGAUGUGCUAUUUGCAAAGUCUUACAGAAGUGAUUCGACCUUUUUCCUUCUUCUGGAUGGCGUAGACCAGGCGGACAAGAAGCAAUUGAAGGAGCUUGUGCAUCUUUUGACCGAGAUACAGAUGGGAAUGCAGAAGAGAUCUGUGUCCUGGCCUCAAUUCAAGCUCCGCAUUGUUCUAUCGGGUCGCGAUGAGACCAUCUUGAAAAUCAAAGGACACAUGGGGGACGGACUUUCAGUCAUUGAUGUGGCUUCUAGAAAUAGCGAAGACAUGGAGAAGUUCAUCAUCGACCGAAUGAACAAGAUGGAAAUUUUGAGUUUGAAUGAUUCAGACCAAGUUCUUUCACUGCGCUGUGAGAUUCUUGAAAAUCUCACCACCCAAACACGCGGUGAUUUUGUCAAUGUCGGUCUCCUUUUGCAUGAGAUCAGUGGCAAACAACGACCCGGCGAGAUCAGAGACAUCCUAUCUCGCUCAGGCGGUAACAGAUCCGACACGAUUGUGCGCAAGAUAGAGCAAUUGAACGAGACCCUCAGCGAUGAUGACAUCUCGGAUUUGAACAUUCUCCUGACCUGGGUGGUCUUCUCCAUUCGUGACUUGACACUCGAAGAGCUUGAGUCUGUACUCACCCUCAAAACGGGAGAAGCAUCCCUUCGCCCACUCGCAGAGAAGAUUACAGACCAAUAUUCAUCGCUGUUCACAAUCAAGGGUGAACCACAUCCAAUCACGAAAGUGAUCCCGAUCACCUCUCGGGUGACACUCGUCUCUGACUCGAUCGAAAGAUUCUUGCGAACCAAAACUGAAUCAGAGUCUAUCGAAGAUUCACAAGAGCUGAAUCUCAGUGGUGACGUGAGUGAGGCUGAGGUCAGAAUCGUCCGCCGCUUCCUCGAAUCUGUUUGCGAUCCCAGGCUUUUCGGGAAAUUCGGGUUUGAUGAAUUUUUCCAACGAAAGCUCAAGGGCAAGACUGCCCGCGUCGGGCUUGACAUUGAAACUGCCCACUUGAGAAUAUUGGCAACGUGCUUGCAAGCACUUCGCUCCCAAGAUUUGCGACAUUCCGCUUUUAAUCGUUACGCAGCCGUGUUCUUCGCCGAGCAUCUGAAGCAAGCAGACCCAUCAUUGACGCAGCCGCAGCACAAAACGGCACUUGGACCACAGUUGGUCAGUCUCUUCACAGAUGAGAAGAUAAUCAGAGACUGGUGGACGCCAAACAACCCAUGGCCACGGUUUGAUUGGAUUUACAGUGAUGAGUAUGCCGAAGUUUCUUUGAAAUGGCUUCAAGACUCUGCUGUAACCAAAAAUCUUUCUGAUGAGGAGAGCAAGUGGGUGAAGAGUCUGAGUUCGAAAUCUGAACCCGACGCAGAUAUCAUGGAGCAUAUUGCUCGAUCUGUGGCCCAGGCUUGGCUUCAAUUGGGCGCGUAUGAUGUUGCAGAAUCAUUUGCAGCAGUCCACGGGUAUAUCACCAAGAUUGAAAACCGGAAGAACCCCGACAUCAAACGAUCAACAGAAGACCCGAAAGCCGAAGAAAUCGACGCUGUCCAAAUUCUCGAAGCCGCAGAAUGGGCUCGUAAGAAGCUUGGACUGGAAAGCUUUGGUUACGAAGAGAAUCGCAACUUGGCUCGCACCCUGAGAGAGUACUCUAAACAUGAUGAAGCCACUGAACGUUUCAAACUCACAUCUUCGCUUGAUAAGUACAAUUGGUUCUCGCAGUGGGGCCUUGCGACCUGUUAUGCCAAUCAAAAGGAAUAUGCGCUCGCCAUCGAAACUGUGCAGGACGCCAUCAAUACAAUCAGAUGCGGCGAUGUGACAGAGGAUUACGAAACCCUCCCAGAGCUGGAUCGAGACUUGGCCAAGUGGAACGAGGAGGCCGGUGAUAGCGCCACAGCGUUCGCUAUAUACGAAAAGGUCAUCCGUGAGAAUCCCGAUGACUACGAAGCAGCUUUGGACAUGAUGCUUCUGUUCCACAAAGAUAAGCAUUAUGAGGGGCUUCUUGGAUUCUUGGAAUCUCUCAAGAGCAGCACGGAUGAAAGAACCGGUCUCGAUCGACGCACUACCGCAUUCCACGUGCACUAUGCCAAUGAGGAGUAUCACAGUGCAUUGUUUGCGAUUGUUUCCGAUGGCAAGGCCUUUGAUGCAAUCUAUCAAAGUUAUGACAUGGCGAUCAUCGCCGCCCGGGAGCGUCUCGCCGAAGGAAGAGAAAAGGGUGAUACCGAUGAAGAGAACUUUUCCAGUGCUUGUCUCGCAGUACUGAUGCACAACUUCGCAUUGCUUUGUUACCAGAACGGAGCCGAUGAUAUCGAGCGCAGGGAGUUUGCCAUUGAUCAGUGGGUACGCAUCCUGCAAAUUCACGAAAUAUCUGAUGUGUCCUACCUUACCGUCACAAAAUCAUAUGUCCGCCCGAAACUUGCAAAUGUCUGUUUCAAGGAAGCACUCCGGGACCCAGCUAGUGGAAUGCCCUACUUGGAACAGCUCGAGCAGCUCGCGGCGCUCACCGCUACAGAUGGUGAAGGGAUCGGCCAGUCUGGAACUUACCCGUCCGAAUUACUUGCCUGGUACCACGCGACGCAGGGAGACGAGCAAAAGUCCAAAGAUGCCGUUCGCACUCACGUCAAACGCAAUAUUGAUAUUCUGUCUGACGAUGACCCGCUCAAUGAUUGGCGAGGAUACCGAGGGUUGGCGCGAUACUUCAUGUCUGCCGGGCAGGAUGCCGACGCUCUCGCAGCUUGGUCUUUGAUCGUUCCUCUCGACGAUACAGAAAUCAAGUCAGAUCCGCUGGAAUCACCAUCAGCCCCAAAGCGUAAAGGCCCAUUGAAUGAUGUUUGCGAUGGAGAUUGCGAGACUGAAUGGGAGUAUGCGGACGACAUCUAUGUUUGCAGAGAAUGCGACUAUCUAGAGUUCGAUCUCGGAUGUUUGAACAAGCUUCGAGAUGGAAAGCUCGAUAGUCACAUUUGCGGCAAAAAUCACAAAAUGCUCCAUGUUCCAUCUUACGAUCCGGUCCGUCAACAGGAGAUUGGCGAAGGCAAUGUGAUGGUCGGCGAAGAGGUCCUUUCAGUGACCGACUGGCUUCAACGCAUCAAGGAACAGUGGGGGAUCCGCACUUGA